AUGGCCGCCGAAGAAGCCCAGCCUCCUGCCGUCGACGAGACCCCCAUCUCGCCCGUCCGCGCCAACGACCGCCGCAACUCGCUGGAGAAGCACCUGCAGCACCGCCCGGACCCCCAGGACCUGAAGAACAGGCACAUCCUGCUCGACACGGCCGCUGCCCCUGCCCUGCAGCAGAAGCAGCUGGAGCUCGAGCGCCAGAAGGUCAGCGACAACCUGAAGAAGGGCCUCGCGCACCGUCCCGAGCGUGACGAGCUUGUCGAGCGUCACAUCCUCCCCGACUCCAACGCCGCGCCCGCGCUGCAGGCCCACCAGAUCGAGCUCGAACGCAACAUGAAGGCCGACAACCUGGAGAGCGCGCUCAAGACCAGGCCUGCUCCCGACGAGCUCGUCAACAAGGGCAUCCUGGCUGAGAACCCCGCGGCGUGA